AUGACAAGACCUGAGGGUAGUGGGCCUGUGUCUCUCUCUAGUAUUACUAUCAGUGGUCAGGUCGUGGCUUGCAGUGGUGGCUGCCAGGCUAUUGUGGACACUGGCAAGCCUUUGGCCAUUGGACCUCAGAGCGACAUCGACAACAUCGACACUUUGGUGGGAGUUACUGCCAAGAACGGAGAGUACACCAUUGGCUGUAGCGAUAUUCCUCAAAUGCCAGAUGUGACCUUCCACAUCCAAGGACAGGAAUUUACCCUCCCAUCCUCUGCCUCCAUCCAUCAGUCUAAGCAUUAUGGCUGCCUCACUGGCUUCGACAAAGGAAGUAACAGCGAAUGGCUCCUGGGUGAUGUCUUCCUCAGACAGUUCUAUUCCAUCUACAGCAGAGCCCUGAAUAUGGUCGAUGUUGCCAAGGCUAAAUAA